CACUUUCGUCAACACAAACGGGACCUAGAAUUGUGCGGCUCCCAACGAAAGCUCAGACUACGACAACAAGGCAGACAUGAGCUGGCGCGCACAGAUCUCCCGCAGCAUCCAGGAGCUUCGUUUCGUGGCAUGCGACACCUCGCAGAGCAGCGCGGGCUUGCGCACCUUCUUCCGUAAGAACUACGAGGAGCUUAAGAUGCUGAACCCGCGCACUCCUUUCGUGUACCGUGAAGCUGAAGAGAUGGAGCCGUUCGUGUACGCGCGGUUUGACUGGGGCGUGGAGAAGAAGGUGCCGGUUCCUGGUAAGAGCGACAAGGAGAUCCUUACAGUGCUCAAGGGCCUUGUAGACCACGGCCUUACGCUCCCCAAGUCGCCCGAGAGCGACAUCUACGUGGCCGCCCCCAUCAUUGAGGCUUCCAAGGGCGAGGGCGCUUACGAGCCCAUUAACCUCACGUGGGACGGCAAGUCGAUCCGUCGCAACCCGGCCUUUGACAUCCCGCUGGAGGAGGCACUCAAGCCUUAAGAUGUGACUACAGAGAAGGAUAUGGGAGUGCCAGCAUGUAGUUUGCUGAAUAAUUUACAGCCGCAGAUGGCGCCUUCCUCGAUGUGGAAAAUGAAAAAAAACAACAGGAUGAAACAGUAUGUAUACUGUAUACGUUUUCAGAUGGACAUCCGUG